GCGCCUUCAAGGUUGCUAGUGCCAGUGAGGUAUAAGUCUACUAGCGCAUACGUAUGUAUUGAGCCCGACGUGCGAUGCGACCGAUAGAGCACUGCACAGUGUUAUCGGUGCCGUCUUCAUCGUCUCCCACUUCCACGUCCUUUUGACCUGAGCGUAUAAUCCAAGACAUGAACCACCCUAUUUGCGAAUUAUGUGAAGCUCGCUUGUACCAUUUGCACCCACUCUCUCCGAACGUGAAGAUAAACACUCGGUGUGGGCACCUUUUUUGUGGAGAUUGUAUCGAUCGCUAUGUGUCAGAACAUCCCGGGCUAGGAUGUCCAAACUGCGGCGCCGCCAUACUCGUUUUAAACCUCGCUAGACCCGCAUCGGUCAAUAGGGCAAUUGAGCCAGCUGAAACCCAUCUCAAAGAUGUCUACGUUCCAACCAGUGCGGAUGCAUCGGAUACGGAUUGGCCUCGCCAAGCGCUGGCGAAUCCACACUCCGUGUACCUAGACCGCCGUCUGAGCUUGGCGCAGGAUGCUCUGGACUUUGCCAAACAAGAGCACGACAUGUUUCAAAGUGAGAACACGGCCAACGCAUCUACCACAUCCCAUCUGCUAGGGCAGCUGGAGGCUACGAGAAAGGACCAGGCAGAUUACGAGAAGAUCUGUGGAGACCUCAGGGACCAGUUGAUGGCAUUGUCUUUGAAGCGUCAGGAACUGGAGGCACAGGUAGAGAUGCGGACGAAAGAGAUACUUCAUGGAUCAUGAUUAGCACUCGAGCCCUGACUGUACCGCCACUGUAUCGGCAAAUGUAUGAACUAGGAUAUGUUGGAAUGGAUAUUCGUCGCGGCUGUUCCUAAUCCGGUGAAAUGGGUGCACUUACCCUCUACUGGUAUGCCCGUCGUCCGCCG